AUGACACUGCAGCGAACCGAUCUACAUAUGCAGCCAGGGCACUCGUUCCUGCAUCAACACACAUCUGAUUCGACCCGGAUAUCUCGAGAGGCUGAAUCCUCGGAGCAUUGCGGAGUUUUGAAUAAGAUCGUCUCGAUGGGAGGCUUCAACAGGGAGGUAAAAGAAGUAUUUUGAGUAUAAUUUUUCAAGGGGUUUGGCUAGUUGAAAUUUUCAAACUGCUGACAAUGCUCCCAGGUCUUUGAAGAGACAUGUCAGAUCACGCCUUUACGAGUCUUCACCAACCUCCUUGGUCUUGCCUUAUCCAUACCAACGCAGUUCUUCCUCGAUCUCAAAGUCAAUCAAUACCUUUAUCCAAAGAAAGUACCCCACUCGGUGAAACUUCCGAUAUGCUUCGCUGCAGGCCCUCAACGUGACAGCCGUAGGGAUGAUUUCCCUUCACACUGCAGCAAUGCUGCCUGCAUAAGCCCCCGCUAUGCAAGUAAUUAUUUUCGAAGCUCAAGUCCUCAACAAAGAUCCGUUUGCAGGAUCAGCAAACGAAUUCUUUGCGGAAAAGUCACAAGAAAACGGUUGGAAUAGGCGGGCUGCUUGGCUGCUCAACAGCUACCUCUUGCCUUACAACAUCGGGGAGAUUCUUCCUAUGCAGACGGAACGGGUAUGUUGUAACUUAUGAGCUGCUGGAUCCUCAAUUGAGGGGUGAUCAUGUACAAUGUGCAUUUUUUGGGAAUUCGAGAUCAAUCAUGCGAGGGAAAAAUCCAUGUAUUUUGUUGCAGUUUAGUGAGAGGCACCGAAUCUUUUCUCGAAAUAUCAUAUUAACGAUUCAAUAUGAAAUUUUCCUGACCCAUCCUCCGAAAAGCAACGCUAGAAGACGCCUAUCUGACGAACUGAUUAGAAAUCAACAGGUAAACCUUAUGAGUCGAGGCGGAUAUGUGCCGGAUCGUCACACUGGCUCAAGUUACACCAUUCCCUGA